AUGGAGUUCAAGAAUGGCAUGGACACACUGCAGCAGCAGCAGCAGCAACAAAUGAUCCAGCAACAACAGCAACAGCAGAACAAUGUGAACCAGCAACAGAUGAUGUACCACCAGCCGCAGCAACAACAGCCACAUCAACAGCAACAGCAACAGCAGCAGCAGCAGCAGCAGCAGCAAGGGCAUAUGAGUGUACAGGCAAGCAGGUCAAAUUCCAUGUUACAUAACCAACAGAGCCAGAGCAUGUUGGCCCAGAGUCUGGGGGUGUCGUUGGCGGGGGCGUAUAAUAGGCCUGUGACCGGGUCGAUGAAUGCAGAUACGAGUGCUGGGAUGGGUAUGAACAUGGACAUCAAUAUGGUAAUGGGGCUCGGCAUGAAUAGUGGCACAGGUAUGGGUAUGAAUACAAACAACAACAACAACAACAACAGCAUGAGCAGUGACAACAAUGACAAUAACAGCGGCAACAGAAGCAGCAACAACCCGACGAAUGCUGGCGGCACUAUCCUCACGAGCGGUGCCGCACCGUUUCCCACGUUCCAGUUGAUAAACGUGUCGCCCAAGAAGGGCACUGUGGGCACAGAAUUGGUGGUGACAUUGGCCAUGUCGGAAAACCAGGUCUCAAACUUUGGUGGUUGGAACUGCCUGACGUUCUGUGUAAUGUUGGGCAACACGACGCCGAAAGUGAAAUCCCUCAUGCAGCUCAACACGGAAUCGGUGGUGUACGCUUUCGAUGUACCACCAAUGGACGACAGUCAGAUGAACCAAGAUUUGGAGUACAUGUGA